AUGGAGCAUCAACAAGACCCCCCAGAUGAUGCUUCCUCGACAACCCUACCUCAACACAGGAACAAGCCCCGUUCAUACAUCGACACCUCUGGCAAAUUCUACGAAACCAUUCCUCCAGGCUUGAAACCUGCCGCCACCGUACCUGCAUGGACUUCCGUCUACAGAGAUGAGUCCGGCAGGACUCAGACAUUUGAACGCCAACAAUUAACGUAUAUCGAGAGAGCCCCUGCAGACACUGCUCAUCGUACAGGAGAUCUGGUUGGGUCGACUUACGCGGAGAUAUUCACAAUCAUUUUACCACCAAAUAGCCCUGCUUCGACUGAUACUACUACCAGCAAGUCCACAAAAAGCACAGUUGUACCUUCAAUAAGCAUCCUACCGCAUAGCCCUUGGUGGACUCAGAUUGAUGGUACCGCUACUACCAGCGAGUCUGGAGAGAGCUCCAGUAUCACGCAGACAAGCCAAAGCUCUGCUUCGACUUCAAGUAUCAGAUCGGUUCAAAGUACUACUUUGAGCCAAAACACCGAAAGCCCUGACGCUACAACCAUCAGCGCCUCAAGUCACAAUGACCCCUCCAGCAGUAGCUCAGAUACGACAAGCAGUAGCUGGUCUGACACAACAAGCUCGGCGGAGUGGUCAUGGCCAACCGAGUCAAGUAUUCCAGAGCCAUCUACGUCAAAUGCCGAGUGGGCAGGUGUCAUAGUCGGUGCUGUCUUUGCAUUCAUGAUCAUCAUCCUGAUUUUGAUAGCUUUUGUUGUUCGUGGCAGGAGAAAUGCAUCUUCUAGAGAAAACCAGAAUAACAUCAACAUCAGGCUUGACAAUGGACCUUUCGACCACCAUCACGGACCAUAUAACUGUCCGCUUGCGGAAACUAAUCCGGGGUGUGUACCUCAGGGAUGGGAUGAUGUAAGACAAUGA